GAUAAAAGAUCGACUAGGCCAAGUUUGUUUUUGCCUCCGUCUAUCAUGUCAGUUCACUCUGAUACCAAGGAUUCUAGGAUUACGGGCGGUGACUCGGUAGCCGACCAUGGAGCUCAGCAGUGGACUGAGGUCGAGGAACGAAGGCUCGUACGAAAGAUAGAUUUUCGGUGCAUGCCCGCGCUGGUCAUCCUCUUCAUUCUGAACUUCAUUGAUCGAGGCAAUCUGGCCAAUGCUCGUCUGAAGGGUCUGCAGCACGAUCUCAACCUUAAUGACACUGAAUAUGCGACAACGCUUUCCAUCUUAUUUGCGGGAUACAUUUUUAUGCAAGUUCCAUCGAAUUUAAUCAUGAACACUAUCCCAUAUCCUCGUCUCUUUAUCUCAGCUGUUGUCAUUCUUUGGGGAGGAAUCUCUGCAUUGACAUCUCUGUGCCACGAUUUCUCCCACCUUAUCGUUUGCCGGUUCUUUCUCGGAUUUGUCGAGGCUGCUUUUUAUCCUGCAUCCGUCUACUAUCUCUCAAGAUGGUACACUCGCAAAGAGAUUGGGCUUAGAAUUGCUUUUCUGAAUGCCGGGAACAUGCUAGCCCAAGGCCUAGGUGGGCUACUUGCCGCAGGUAUUCUCAGUGGAAUGGAAGGUACCAGGGGCAUUCGGGGAUGGCGAUGGCUCUUUAUCGUCGAAGGUUCCAUUACCGUCGCGUUCGGUUGCCUGAUUCCUUUUAUCUUGGCUGACUACCCCUCAACGACUAAAUCGCUCUCUGAGCGCGAGCGCAUGAUCGCACAGGGACGGCUUGUAAAGGACGUUGGGAUCGUGGAUAAUCCGGACGAGGAGGAGCGCACCGGCUCUGGCGUCUUCCGUGGUCUGCUCCAGGCCAUCACCGACGUCAAAGUUUGGGGACUGGCAUUGAUGUAUUUUACAUAUCUCGUGGGUCUGUCGUUCGGUCAGUAUCUCCCAACAAUCACCGCCACACUCGGGUUUUCUACUACCAUCACAUUAUUGCUCACCUUUCCUCCUUGGGCCUUCGCCACUUUAUUUGCGCUUGCAAAUUCAUGGCACUCGGACCGGACAGGAGAGAAGUUCGGGCACAUUGCACUCAGUUACGGGUUUGCGCUUCUGGGAUACAUUGUCGCCCUUUCAGCAAAAACGGUGGCCGGAAGAUAUGUGUCGCUCUUUGGCAUGUGCAUAGGCUUCAGUGGUGGGAUCAUUUUGCUCGGGUGGAUUAGCACAUCUAUUCCCCGACCUCCUGUGAAGAGGGCAGCGUCUAUUGCUUUUGUUAAUGGGUUUGCCAAUAUUGGUCAAAUUCCCGCAUCUUAUCUAUGGCCCUCCAAGUGGGGUUCUAAGUACUGGCAAUCAUUCGUCACCGAGAUCUGUCUUCUCGUACUGAGUUUAUCGAUUGGAUUUGCGUACCGCCAAUAUCUGAUCUCACUGAAUAAGAAGCUUGAGAAGGGAGAGGCGGAAGCUUUCGACGCCAGUGCCGAAGUGGUUGAGCAAAGUGCAGACUUAGUGCACGCCACAGCGCAAGACGAACGGGAGAGGAUUCAAUCUUUCCGAUAUCUAUACUGAUUUAUCAAGGACACUUUUUAUCGUGAUCUACAACGGAAGCACUGCUACGGACACGGGACAUCCUAGAGUAUAUCUUUCUAAUGCCAUCUGACUCGUGAAACAUAGCGCCUAAAUCGGGAUUCAAAGCUGUUUUCUUUUGAUG